GGAAGUGAGCUGUCAAUAACCGGAAAAGAUUAGCAAGCUUGAUAUAAAUAAAAAGGUGACAACAGAGGAUUAAUGUUUGCAUGAAAACCCCAAAGAUCUACAUUUAGAUUCAAGGAUUGUUUGUUUUGUCCGAGCUGACCAGCCCACUGAUCAGCAAAAUGAGCAGUGCAGGAACAGGGGAGAGUGGUAAAGCGCCAAAGAUUGGCUCCAUAGUAGAGGUGACGGGAAAGGGUCAGCGAGGCACCGUCGCCUACAUUGGUGCCACCCUCUUUGCUUCGGGUAAAUGGGUGGGCGUGAUCCUGGAUGAAGCCAAAGGGAAGAACGAUGGAACCGUGCAAGGGAAGCGCUAUUUCACCUGUGAGGAGAAUCAUGGGAUAUUUGUCAGGCAGUCCCAGAUCCAGGUGGUGGAGGACGGCUCCAGAGCCACCUCACCUGAAGCUCCUGAGCCCAGCUUUACAAAGAUGCAGAAACUAAAAGACAUCCAAGAGACUCCUAAAACAACCAGACAGACACCAGCAAACAUUAAGAAGUCCUCUACCCGCCGCUCUGGAAAGGCGUCCCGUGAGAGCCUCUCAGUGUCUGCGUCUGGAGAUGUCGGCGACGCGAGUCUGUCCUCAAAGCAGAGCGCUCUUGGAGCUCCGGUCAUGCCUCAGCCCGCCGGGUCACCUGCAGCCUCGUCAGCCCCGGUUCCUGCUGCUCCAAGCAAGGUGGAACCAGCCGUAUCAAAGCAGGAGGAGGAAUCGCUGCGAGCUCAAGUCAAGGACCUGGAGGAGAAGCUGGAGACUUUGAAGAUGAAGAGGACGGAGGACAAGGCCAAGCUGAAGGAGCUGGAGAAACACAAGAUCCAGCUGGAGCAGCUGCACGAGUGGAAGACCAAGAUGCAGGAGCAGCAGGCCGAGCUGCAGAAGCAACUCAAGGAGGCCAAGAAGGAAUCCCGUGAGGCACAGGAGGCCAAAGACCGCUACAUGGAAGAGAUGGCGGACACGGCCGACGCCAUAGAAAUGGCCACGCUGGACAAAGAGAUGGCCGAGGAGCGAGCUGAGUCACUGCAGGUGGAAGUGGACACGCUGAAGGAGAAGGUAGAGGAGCUCUCCAUGGACCUGGAGAUCAUUAGGCAUGAGAUUUCAGAGAAAGGUUCAGAUGGAGCUGCCUCCAGCUAUCAGGUCAAACAGCUGGAGGAGCAGAACAGCCGACUGAAGGAGGCAUUGGUCAGGAUGCGGGACCUGUCUAGCUCGGAGAAGCAGGAGCACGUGAAGCUGCAGAAGCAGAUGGAGAAGAAGAACACUGAGCUGGAGACUCUGAGGACUCAGAAGGAAAAACUGCAGGAGGAAGUGAAGAAAUCAGAGGGCACGAUCGAUGAACUGAAGGAGCAGGUGGACGCUGCUCUGGGCUCCGAGGAGAUGGUGGAGACCCUGACGGAGAGGAACCUCGACCUGGAGGAGAAAGUUAGAGAGCUGAGAGAGACGGUCACGGAUCUGGAAGCCAUCAAUGAAAUGAAUGACGAGCUCCAGGAGAACGCCAGAGAGACGGAGAUGGAGCUGAGGGAACAGGUGGACAUGGGUGGAGCAAAGGUCAGAGAGGCAGAGAAAAAGGUGGAAGCAGCUCAGGAGACGGUAGCUGACUACCAGCAGACCAUCAACAAGUACAGAGAGCUCACCGCCUCGCUUCAGGAGGCCAACAGGGAGCUGAUCAGUCAGCAGAGUGCCAAUGCAGAACAAGUCCAGCAACCGCCGGCUGAGCUGUUUGACUUCAAGAUCAAGUUUGCAGAGACCAAGGCUUAUGCAAAGGCCAUUGAGAUGGAGCUGAGGAAGAUGGAAGUGGCCCAGGCCAACAGACAGGUGUCCCUGCUCACCUCCUUCAUGCCGGACUCCUUCCUCCGUCACGGUGGAGACCACGACUGCAUCCUGGUGCUGCUGCUCAUCCCCAGGCUCACCUGCAAGGCUGAGCUGAUCAGCAAGCAGGCCCAGGAGAAGUUUGACUUGAACGGGAACCUGGUCCAGGGUCCGGGGCUCCGAGGGCCUCCAGGGGAGCAGCGCAGCUUUGCUUCCGGUCUGGUGUACUCCCUCAGCCUGCUGCAGGCCACCCUGCACAAAUACGAACAGGCUCUUAACACCUGCGGUGUGGAGGUUUUUAAGCGCAUGGGGACACUUUAUUCUGAAAUGAGCUUCCAUGAGCGCUCCCUGGAUUAUUUCAUUGACCUGCUUCAUAAAGACCAGCUCGAUGAGACCGUUCAGGUGGAACCCCUGACCAAGGCCAUCAAAUACUAUCAGCAACUGUACAGCGUCCAUCUGGCAGAUCAGACCGAGGACUGCACGAUGCAGCUGGCCGACCACAUUAAGUUUACCCAGGGUGCCCUGGACUGCAUGGGAGUGGAGGUGGGCCGUCUGCGGGCCUUCCUGUCAGCAGGACAGGAGAGCUCUGGUUUCACUGUCCUCCUGAAGGACCUGGACACUUCCUGCUCUGAUAUCAGGCAGUUCUGCAAGAAGAUCCGGCGCCGUAUGCCUGGGACAGAUGUAGCCGGAGUCCCCGCCGCUCUCACCUUCGGACCGCAGGUGUCAGAGACCCUGACGGAGUGCAGGCGCCAGCUGACCCGCGUGGUGGCCGUGCUGCAGGAGGUGGCUGCAGCCGGAGCUCAGAUGGUGGCUCCGCUGGGGGAACAGGAGGGUCUCAAUGCGCUCAAGCUGGAGGAUAUUGCAUACAAGGCUGCGGAGCAGAUAUACGGCUCCCACAGCGUGAGCGGCCCAGAGUUUCUGCGACAGUCCUGCACCACUGUCAUCGCUACCAUGAACAAGAUGGCUACAGCCAUGCAGGAAGGAGAGUACGAUGCUGAAAAACCACAAGCAAAGGCUCCUCCGGUGGAGGGGAGGGCAUCGACGGUCAGAGCUGAGCUAACCGAUGCAGAGGGGCUUGGAAUCAAGCUAGAAGACAGAGAAACGGUCAUCAAGGAGCUCAAGAAGUCUCUCAAGAUUAAGGGUGAGGAGCUGAGCGAAGCUCACGUCCGCCUGAGCCUCUUGGAGAAGAAGCUGGACAACUCCACCAAAGAUGCGGAUGAACGUGUGGAGAAGAUUCAGACGAAACUGGAUGAAAACCUUGCCCUACUCAAGAAGAAAGAAAAGGAGUUUGAGGAGACGAUGGACGCUUUGCAGGCCGACAUCGACCAGCUGGAGGCGGAGAAGGCGGAGCUGAAACAACGCAUCAGCGCUCAGUCCAAGAUGACCAUCGAAGGCCUGAGAGGCCCGCCGGCCUCAGGAAUCGCCUCCCUCGUUCACGGAUCUCCAGGUGUUCCUCCGUCCAUGGCUGGGGCGACGCACGUGGUGGACUCUCCUCUCCUCAGGCAGCAGGUCGAGGCCCAGAGACUGGGAAUUAAAUUCCUCAAGAAUGAGAACAACAGACUCAAGGCGGAGAAGGUGAGGGCUCAGCUCGCCUCCCUGCCUCCACUUUGCCCUCCAAAACUCCCGAAAGCAGCCAAAGAAAGCUCCAUGCCUCCGGAGGGACUAAACACGGGCAUCUACCGCCGGACCGACCAGCUGCUGGCCACUUUGCUCAAGCUGAGUGCAGAAGUGAAAGUGGUGGACAUCACUGGGAAGACCACAGUCAGCGCCGGUGCCCAGAUGCUGGAGCAGACGGCCAGACUGAGGAAUCUCAGCGACGCUUUGGACAAGCUCAAGGGCGAGGUAGCCGAACACGUGGUCUCGUUCCAACCAGGAGCAAAGGCUUCCACCAACUUUGCCACAUUCCCAGUCACCUCCUUUGUCAAGGCCAAGAACGAGAAGCAGGAGGGAACGGUGUUCGUAGGGCGCGUGGGGAUCCCGUGCAGCCGCGGCCAGGAACAAGUCCACCGCCUGGUCCUGUCGCAGCAGCAGCUGCAGCGGGUGCACCGUCUCCUGAGCUAAAGCCUCCGGCUCCACACCAAGCACCUCCGCCACUUUCUCAGUUAACCCAACUUACACAUGCCGCCCCCCCCUUUAGCUCCUAUAACCUCAGGACACUGUAUCCUGGAACUGCAGCAUGCUAACACUAAUACUGUUGUACUGCCACCUUUGAGCUCAAACUGAUGGUCCGUCCGUCAACUUGGACAAUUCUUGCAAAAAUGGGAGGAAAUUUGUCUUUUACUGGUAACAAUUUAAAGCAUUUCACUUUGUAACUUUUUGUAUUUGUAGUAAUUCACACAAUAAAGCGAAUAAGUUAAUCUAAA